UAGUCCCCCCAACCCAGCUUUUUUUUGGUGGGUGGGGAGUGGGAUAGAGAGGAGGAAGGUGCUAAAGAAGUAAUUUGAUGGGGAAGCAGCGUGGCCUUCUUGCUCCACCACCCACAGCGAGCAGAACAAACGUCAUUGGAAGGGUUGGUCUUAAUUUCUCUGGGCCGCGUGGGGUCUGACUACUGCAAGGAAGUUGAUCAUGGAUUCUCCUUGGUUUGGGACUGAUCCCAUCAGGAGCCAUCCUAUCUUUCCGUCUUUUCAGGAAGGAUGGCCCCAGAGCCCCGAAGCAUGGGACUUCUCUUCAUUUACUGCAUAUCUUUUUUCUUUGGUCUCCCCGCCAACCUCCUGGCCCUGCGCGCCUUCGUGGGGCGGGUCCGCCAGCCGCAUCCCGCGCCCGUGCACAUCCUGCUGCUCAGCCUGACAGUGGCGGACCUCCUGCUGCUGCUGCUGCUGCCCUUCAAGAUGAUUGAGGCAGCCUACGACUUCCUGUGGCCCCUAGGGAAUGCCCUCUGUGCCCUCACGGCCUACGGCUUCUACAGCGGAAUCUACUGCAGCACGUGGCUCCUGGCGGGCAUCAGCAUCGAGCGCUACCGCAGCGUGGCCUUCCCGGUGCAGUACAAGCUCUCCCGCCGGCCCCUGUACGGCGUGAUCGCCGCCCUCGUCUCUGGCAUCUUGUCCUUCGGACACUGCAGCAUUGUGAUCAUUGUCCAAUACCUGCCAACCCACAACGUGAGUGACCCCGAGAGCCUCCCGGUCUGCUACGAGAACUUCACCAAAGAGCAGCUGGACGUGGUGCUGCCCGUGCGCCUGGAGCUGUGCCUGGUCCUCUUCUUCAUCCCCAUGGCCGUCACCACCUUCUGCUACUGGCGCUUUGUGCACAUCAUGCUCUCCAGACCCCAAGUGGGGACCAAGAAGCGCUGGAGAGCCGUGGGGCUGGCCGCUGUGACCCUCUUCAAUUUCCUGGUCUGCUUCGGGCCCUACAAUGUGUCCCACGUGGUGGGGUUCUUCCAGAAGAGCAGCCAGAAUUGGCGCGCGUGCGCCGUGCUCUUCAGCGCUCUGAACGCCUGCAUCGACCCCUUGAUUUUCUACUUCUCCUCCUCAGCCGCGCGCAGGGCCUUUGAUAGGGAACUGCGGAGGCUGCAGACCUGGGGGGCUUCCCUGUCGGCCGAGUGGAGAAAAGCCAGGGAGGCGGCCGUAAAGAAAGGAAAGGCGAGUGCAGGCAUGGUCAACGACAGCUUCACGGGAGAAUAGAUGGUGUCGCCUUUUGGGGAGGAGGCUCCAAAAGGGAGACAAUGAAUCAGAACUGGGUGAGUUCUCCUGUGCCCCUCUGAACAGCCAAAGAGAGUCACAGGCACCUCAACUCCAACUCGCCCAAUGAGUGAGUGUUUUCAUUUCCUUCCUUGGGCUUGGUGACAUUUCCUACAGUAAGCCACAAGCCCUUGCAUCCUGGGACAUCAGAAUCUUGGAUUCCUUAUCUAUUUCACCACUCAGUAUCUAGGAGGUGGUGGCGUUUACUCACCUACCGCAGAGCUCUUAUUUCUGACCGUGGCCCUGAUCCAGAAAAGGGGAUCCACAGGCUGGGUGCACGUCUCAGCAUGGGCAAGUCUGCAAUGCAAGGUGGGCACCUGAAGGUUCCCCACCAGCACCCCAACCACAGCAGGUGCUGCCUCAAGAGCAAGAAAAAGAGUCCUGCGGGGAAGAGUCUAUGCAGGCUGAAGAAGCCCAGGUCAGGGUUCUUUGCCAAGUGCUGCCCUUUUGAGUUUUCUUCUUUUUUCCCUGAUCCAUCUUGCCAGAGAUCUGUCAUUUGUAUUCUUUAGAAAAUCAAGACCCUUUCCAGCAUUCUCUCUGUUGUCUAUGUCAUUAAUCUUUAUUCCUAUUUAUUUUCCUUGUACUUUCUUAAAUCUUUUUUAGUUACUUCAUUUUCUUUUUUAAGUUGGGGGUUUCAUUAACUUCACUCUCUCUUCCUAACAGAUCCUCAUGUAAGUGCUUAAGUUCAUAGAUUUCCCUGUAAGGACAGCUUAGAACAGAUUUUGAUUUGCAGAAUUUUUAUCAGUUUGAGGUCUGUGUCAGUUCUAAUUUCCAAAGGACGUUUUUCUUUGGCUGUUGAGUUUAGAAAUGUUUCUUUGUUUUUAGGCAUGUGGGUUUUUACCUCCCGUCUCUCUUUUGUUAUUCAUUUCUAACUACGUUGCCCUGAGGUCAGAGAAUAUUAUUGAAAUGGGUCCAGUUCUUGGAAAUUUGUUGAGUAUUCUUUUUAAUACCAGAAAAAUAAUCAGUUUUGAAAAGAAGACAGAUUCUACAAUCGAUGGGUGGGUUCUGUCUGGGUUUUAUACACCUCAGAUUGAAGUUGUUAAUUUGUGGGGUUCAAAGCUUUAUAAUCUUUACAUACUUUUUUGUUGGUGGUGUUUGGGGUACCAGGGAUUGAACCCAGGGGUGCUUAACCACUGAGCCACAUCCCCAGCCCUUUUAAAAAAUAUCUUAUUUAGAGACAGGAUCUUGCUGAGUUGCUUAGGGCCUUGCUAAAUUGCUGAGGCUGGCUUUGAACUUGAGAUCUUUCUACCUCAGCCUCCCCAGCUGCUGGGAUUACAGGUGCACACUACCACACCCGGCUACCUUUACAUACUUUUUGGUCUAUUCGAUCUAUCACUGACAAGGAGAGGGUGUGAGGUGCUUUUCUAGACGGUAAAUUUGACUAUUUCCUCCUUGUAGUUCUGUCUUGCUGGUGAAUUGAAACUUUGAGCAUUUUUUUUUGCCUUAAAAUUGAUUUUGUCUGAUAUUAAUAGAGCCACACUGAUGUGUUUUGAGGUUACUAUUUGCUUGCUACACUUUCACCCAACCUUUUACUUGUAACAUUCUAUAUUCUUGUUUUAGAUGCAUCUUGUAUACACGGUACAUGGUGGAGUGGUUGGAUUUUUUUGGCAAUCUGGUCUUUCAACUUGACACUGUGUGUCAUUUAACUAUAUCAUUUUGUUUAUUUAUAUUUAUGUAAUAAUAUUUUUUCAAUAUAAUCGGGAUUAUUUCUGUCAUACUAUUUUAAACAGUUUCAUUGAACUACACACACACAUUGAAAUAUACACGUACGUUGCACAGGGCCAAAUGAUAAGCAUACAGGUCAAAUGAAUUAUCACAGAGUGAACUCACGUAUUUAAAUUCAAAAAGACAUGAAACAUCUACUUGUGCUGUUUGUUUUCCUAGAGUUUUAAUAUUUCUCUUUUCUUCCCUCUGGCCUUCCUUGGGGACUGAGGUUUUUAUUUUAUUUUAUUUUCUUGCUUCAUUUCUUGUUCUCCACUAACUUGGAGAGUAUUUGCUGUGUUCGUUUAGACAUUGUAAUAUGCCAGGAUUUCUCAGUUAGUCCUUCCCUUCUUUCCUUCCUUCCUUCUUCUCUUUAAAUAUCAUACAUUAAAGAAAAAUCAAUGCCAGGUGGUUUUGAACUGUGUCAGUCAAGUUCAGGAGUUCUAGAGUGUGGUCUGGAGACCCUUUCAGGGGUCUGGGAGCUCAAAAUUAUUUACAUAAUGAUGCUAGCAUGCCAAUUUUUGUUUUUUUCACUCUCAUUCUUUGACAAGUGAUGUGCAAUGGAGAUUUUCAGAUUAGUCUGUUAUGGUGUCACAUGUGACAUGUGACACCAUAACAGACUAAUAAUGCAGGAUGCAUGGAAAUACGGCUGUCUUCCAGGAAGUCAGCCCUUAAAGAGAUCUGCAAAAAUGUAAAAGGACGCAACCCUUUUCAUUAAUUUUCUGAAAAUAUCAUUAUUUUUGUUAAAAUGUGUUAUUUUGUAUU